AUGCACUCCAAGACUUUCACCGCUGCCGCCGUUCUGGCCGCUUCCGCUCUGGUCUCUGCUCAGACCUCAACCGACUGCAACCCUCUCGAGAAGACCUGCCCCAACGACCCUGCUUUCGGCAAGAACUCAGGCGACUGCGACUUCACCAAGGGAUCAUGCGGUAACUUUGACUCUCUUCCCGGCACCACCCUCAAGUACAACGGCAACGGCGCUGUUUUCUCCAUCAGCACCGAGGCUGAGGCUCCCACCAUCCGCACUGGAAAGUACAUCUUCUUCGGCCGCAUCGAUGUCGAGGUCCAGGCCGCCGCCGGUGUCGGUAUCGUCACCUCUGCCGUUCUCCAGUCCGAUGAUCUUGACGAGAUCGACUGGGAGUGGGUUGGAGGCGACAACGCCCAGGCUCAGACCAACUACUUCAGCAAGGGUAACACUGCUACCUUCGACCGUGGUGCUUUCCACCCCGUUGCCAGCCCUCUUACUUCGUUCCACACUUACUCCGUUGAGUGGACUUCUGCUGGUGUGACCUGGUUGAUCGACAACAACGUCGUCCGUACCCUGACCGCUGCCAACGCCGAGGGUGGCGCUGCCGGCCUUCCCCAGACCCCUAUGCAGGUCAAGCUUGGAACCUGGGUUGCUGGACGCAAGGAUGCUCCCCAGGGCACCGUCGAGUGGGCUGGUGGCUACACCGAUUUCUCCAAGGCUCCUUUCCUCGGCUACUACAAGAGCAUCUCCAUUGUCGACUACGCUGGUGCCGAUGCCCCUACCUCCAAGAGCGUCAAGGACUACAUCUACAGCGACAAGACCGGCUCCUGGCAGAGCAUCAAGGUCGAGCUUGGUGACGGCAGCAACGACAGCAGCAACGACAAGACCUCGUCGUCUGCCCCUGCUUCCACCAAGACCUCUGCCGCCCACACCAGCGCCAAGGGCUCUUCCACCGAUGCUCCUAGCUCUACCGAUGCCCCCAGCUCCACGGAUGCCUCCAGCUCCACUGAUGCUCCCAGCUCUACCGCUGCCCAGGCCACCACCUUGGUUUCCUCGACUCCCUCUCCCAGCAAGCCCAGCUCUGGCGGCGCUGCUGGCAACGGCACUGGCUCUGCUCAGCCUACCGGAUCUUCCAAGCCCUCUGCUCCCCCUGUCCCCCACAGCGCUGGCGCUCGCAGCCUUGCUGCUCUCGGCAGCGUCUUCGCCAUUGGCGCUGGUGUUGCCUUUGCUCUCCUGUAA